GUUUCUCUGGAAACCCCCCUGGUAAGUGUGGAGGAGGCGGGACACUCUGACCCAAGACAAAAGGCCUGUAGCUCCAGCCAAAGAAAAUAAACCUUAGGAGGGAGAAGGAAAAAAAAAAUCCAUCAGCUGUUACUGAGAACAGCCUGCAGUGGAAUCUACAGAGAGGAUAACUAAUGUGAGUGAGGAAGUGACUGUAUGUGGACUGUGGAUACCGUAAGUCACGUGGGCCCUGAGGGCCUGGACUGGGUUAGGAAGAGUUGUACUUUCGGAGGUGAGGUGUUGAGAAGGGAAAAGUGAAUGUGGUCUGGAGUGUGGCCUUGGCUCCACAGGGUGUGCUUUCCUCUGGGGCCAUCAGUGAGCUCAGCCCCUGUGUUCUGCCAGGGUGGGGUACAGGGUUUGGCACUGAGGAGGGUAACCUGCUGGCUGGAGCGGCAGAGCAGUGACCUUGAUUUGUCUUUCGGAAGAUUUAAAAACCAAAAAGCAUAAACAUUCUGGUCCUUCAGCAAUGCUUUCUCUGAAGAAAUACUUAACGGAAGGACUUCUCCAGUUCACCAUUCUGCUGAGUUUGAUUGGGGUGCGGGUGGACGUGGAUACUUACUUGACUUCACAGCUCCCCCCGCUCCGGGAGAUCAUCCUGGGGCCCAGUUCUGCCUAUACGCAGACCCAGUUCCACAACCUGAGGAAUACCUUGGAUGGCUAUGGUAUCCACCCCAAGAGCAUAGACCUGGACAAUUACUUCACUGCCCGGCGGCUCCUCAGUCAGGUGAGGGCUCUGGACAGGUUCCAGGUGCCAACCACUGAGGUAAAUGCCUGGCUGGUUCACCGGGACCCGGAGGGGUCUGUCUCUGGCAGCCAGCCCAGCUCAGGCCUUGCCCUCGAGAGUUCCAGUGGCCUUCAAGAUGUGACAGGCCCAGACAACGGGGUGCGAGAAAGCGAAACGGAGCAGGGAUUCAGUGAAGAUUUGGAGGAUUUGGGGGCUGUAGCCCCUCCAGUCAGUGGAGACUUAACCAAAGAGGACAUAGAUCUGAUUGACAUCCUUUGGCGACAGGAUAUUGAUCUGGGGGCUGGGCGUGAGGUUUUUGACUAUAGUCAUCGCCAGAAGGAGCAGGAUGUGGAUAAGGAGCUACGAGAUGGAGGAGAGCAGGAGGACACCUGGGCAGGCGAGGGCGCGGAAGCUCUGGCACGGAACCUGCUAGUGGAUGGAGAGACUGGGGAGAGCUUCCCCGCACAGGUGCCUGGUGGGGAGGACCAGACAGCCCUGUCCCUGGAAGAGUGCCUUAGGCUGCUGGAGGCCACCUGCCCCUUUGGGGAGAAUGCCGAGUUUCCAGCAGACAUUUCCAGCAUAACAGAAGCAGUGCCUAGUGAGAGUGAGCCCCCAGCUCUUCAGAACAACCUCUUAUCUCCUCUCCUGACGGGGACAGAAUCACCAUUUGAUUUGGAACAGCAGUGGCAAGAUCUCAUGUCCAUCAUGGAAAUGCAGGCCAUGGAAGUGAACACAUCAGCAAGUGAGAUCCUGUAUAGUGCCCCUCCUGGAGACCCACUGAGUACCAACUACAGCCUUGCCCCCAACACUCCCAUCAAUCAGAAUGUCAGCCUGCAUCAGGCAUCCCUGGGGGGCUGCAGCCAGGACUUCUCCCUCUUCAGCCCCGAGGUGGAGAGCUUGCCUGUGGCCAGCAGCUCCACACUGCUCCCUCUGGUCCCCAGCAAUUCCACCAGCCUCAACUCCACCUUUGGCUCCACCAACCUGGCAGGGCUGUUCUUUCCACCCCAGCUCAAUGGCACAGCCAAUGAUACAGCAGGCCCAGAGCUGCCUGACCCACUGGGGGGUCUGUUAGAUGAAGCCAUGCUGGAUGAGAUCAGCCUGAUGGACUUGGCUAUUGAAGAAGGCUUUAACCCUGUGCAGGCCUCCCAGCUCGAGGAGGAAUUUGACUCUGACUCAGGCCUCUCCCUGGACUCGAGCCAUAGCCCUUCCUCCCUGAGCAGCUCUGAAGGCAGCUCCUCUUCCUCUUCUUCCUCCUCCUCCUCUUCCUCUGCUUCUUCCUCUGCCUCGUCCUCCUUUUCUGAGGAAGGCGCCGUUGGUUACAGCUCUGAUUCUGAGACCCUGGAUCUGGAAGAGGCCGAGGGCGCUGUGGGCUACCAGCCUGAGUAUUCCAAGUUCUGUCGCAUGAGCUACCAGGAUCCGUCUCAGCUCUCCUGCCUCCCCUACUUGGAGCAUGUGGGCCACAACCACACAUACAACAUGGCGCCCAGUGCCCUCGACUCUGCUGACCUGCCACCACCCAGCACCCUCAAGAAAGGCAGCAAGGAGAAGCAGGCCGACUUCCUGGACAAGCAGAUGAGCCGGGAUGAGCAUCGAGCUCGAGCCAUGAAGAUCCCUUUCACCAAUGACAAAAUCAUCAACCUGCCUGUGGAGGAGUUCAACGAGCUGCUGUCCAAGUACCAGCUGAGCGAGGCCCAGCUGAGCCUCAUCCGGGACAUCCGGCGCCGGGGCAAAAACAAGAUGGCGGCACAGAACUGCCGCAAGCGUAAGCUGGACACCAUCCUGAACUUGGAGCGCGACGUGGAGGACCUGCAGCGUGAUAAAGCCCGGCUGCUGCGGGAGAAGGUGGAGUUCCUGCGGUCCCUGCGGCAGAUGAAGCAGAAGGUCCAGAGCCUGUACCAGGAGGUGUUUGGGCGACUGCGGGAUGAGAACGGGCGGCCCUACUCACCCAGUCAGUACGCCCUCCAGUAUGCCGGGGACGGCAGCGUCCUCCUCAUUCCCCGCACGAUGGCAGACCAGCAGGCCCGGCGGCAAGAGAGGAAGCCAAAGGACCGGAGAAAAUGAGCCUGGGGAGGAAGGGGAGUGGAUGCUCACCACGACUGAAACUGGAGAAGGCCUUGGCCUGGACCUGGACCUACCGCGGGGACUUUCAUCAUGCCUUCUUAUCCAAUAUAUCUUCUCAGAUGCGAUGACUGCGGGUCAGUGUACAAGAGGCGGUGGGCGCCAGUGCUGUCUGGCUCAGCUUCCCCCAUUGGGGUGGGGCGGAAGCGGCCAGACCAUUUGGGUGGACAGGGUCCUCACCCUUACCCCUUUUCUGUGAAGGAAGGGUGGUGCUGGCAUUGCUGGAAGUAGAGGAGCAAUGGGGAGCGAAGGCCAGCAAAGGGGAAGGAAGGGAGGAAGGAAGGAAACCCAAAAAAAUCAAAGCGGGAAGAUAGUCAAAGGGAAGGUUAAGGUUUUUUAAGGUUGGCUUUGGCCAGGAUUCCAGGCAGCAGGUUUGAGUGACUGUGGUGGGCCUAGGUUAUGGGUGUGAUAAAGUCCAUUUCACCCGGGGUGGGGAGGGGGUGUACGCAGACACAGGUUAGGGUCAGGGAGGGACGUUGUUAGUUAUCUGCUCCUUGCACUUUGGCAUCCCUGAAGGGGAGCUCUUGGAUAUCACCUGUAAGGUUUCAAUCCAAUGGGAGCCACUGGGACACAACACUGGCUUGGAGGUUAAGUCAAAGGGCAGAGUGAACAGGGAAGGGAAAGCCUUUGUUGCAGCAGCCCCAACACCAAGCAUGUCACUCACUGCUCUGUCACUGCCAUCUCCCCCCAUGCUUCAGCCACCCCUUGGCUGAGGCUCCCUGUCUCCAUCAGAGCCUGCAUGUGAAUGCUGUCCUCUUCCCACCCGUGUUUGUGUUCCCCCACCCCUCAUCGCCUGCCUGCAGCUCUUCUGUAGCUGGGUUGCUGUGCUGGCAGUGCUGGGAUCUGGGCCUGCAGCCUUCCUCUUCUGGGGGCUGCACUGAGGCAGGGGGAUGAUUGAUGUGGAGGGAGAAGCCAGCGCAACAACCUCCAGGCAGUAUUCAGCACAACACUGAGGAGUGACCCUUCCCUCAGGCUUCUGCCUACCAACAACUGGGCUUGUCACUGGAAAAAACAAACCCUACAAAACCCAGCAACAAAAAACUAGUCCUCUUAGAAUUUCUCGCGCUUUGAUUUUUCUUUUUAGGGCUUGUGCCCUGUUUCACUUAUAGGGUCUAGAAUGUUUGUGUUGAGUUGAAAGGAGAUGCCCCAAUAUUCAGAGCUGCUAAAUGUUCUCUUUGCCAUAAAGACUCCGUGUAACUGUGUGAACACUUGGGAUUUUUCUCCUCUGU